AUGUACAAUCCCCAACCCACCCCGAACGCCGGCGAGACGGAAGCCGCGAGUCCAAACACGGAAGAAAAUUUUGGAAACAGGCGGAAACGACGGCGGACGAGCGAUGAGGAGCAUGCCGCGUUAGAGGCUGCGUACAGGCUGGACCCGCAGAUGCCGCCGGCAGAGAGGGGGAAGUUGGCUAAGACGCUGGGGAUGCCUGCUAAGAGCGUCCAAAUAUGGUUUCAAAACCGCCGGCAAACCGCCAAGAAAACCGGCGAUGGAACGUGGAGCGGGAUCGGCAAAUGGCAACGCACGCCCUACAAAGUCGUCGGGAACUACAAAGUCGUCGGGCCCGAACACGUCGUCACAUCUUUACCCAAGAAACCCAUCGACCCGAUCGACCAUGCUGGCGUGGUCGAUGCUGUGCAUGCCUUGAUCGGAUUGUCGCAGGGCGGGUCGCAGGAUGAGGGGAAUGGGAGCGAGAAUGGGGGGAGGAGGAGUAGCAAUGCGGGGAGGAGACCAGCGUCUGGGCGGCGCGGACUGGAUCUGGAGGGAAGCACGACUUACACGAUCCCGGGGCACGUCAUCUACGCUGAUGAACGCGUAGAGAGCCCUACUAUACCCCCACUGGAUACAAUCCUAGCCGACAGCGCUCACCUCGAUGAAGACGAAGACGAUGAGAAUGACGAAGCAGGGCAUGAAGCACAACAACAACAAGCAGAGGAGGAAGAACAAGAGAAUGAUGGCGAAACAACACCGGAACUUAUACCCCGCCACAUCAUCCCUUCCUCCGCAUCACGAGCCCCACCACCACCGCCCACAUCAACCAACAUCCUCCUAGAAGAACCCGCUUACGACCAACUCCAACUCCCCCCUCUAAUGGCCACCCCCUCGUCCCUCGGCUUCCUCGUCCCCACCCUCGCCUUUGAGAUCUCCCAAACCGAAGAUAAUAGAUCUUCAACACCACAACCCGCAGGCACAACCACCGCCCUCGCACUGCGCGCACUUCCCAGCGCUUCAUCAUCACAACAGAGCGCGAAAGCGGGUUUGGGACCACCCGCGAGACUGCCGCCGACGCUGUCGCAUACGUCGACGUCUGCGAGCGAGUAUUUCAACUUUUCGGGGUAUGCGGCGGAUGCGGCGGCGGAGAUGGAGGCUGCUGCUGGGGGUGGAGGGGGAGAUGGAGAUGGGGGGUGUGACUAG